GCGGCGCGCGCCUGGCUGGGCCCUGCGGAGCGGGAGGGAAGAAGCGAAGGAGCGAGCGGAGCGGCCGUCGCCGGAGCCCAGCCGCGCUGCCUGCCGCCCGGCCGCCCGGCCGCCCGCCCGCGCUCCCGUCGCCGUGUCUAGCAGCGGGGCCCAGCAUGGUCAUGGCGGAUGGCCCGAGGCACUUGCAGCGCGGGCCGGUCCGGGUGGGGUUCUACGACAUCGAGGGCACGCUGGGCAAGGGCAACUUCGCCGUGGUGAAGCUGGGGCGGCACCGGAUCACCAAGACGGAGGUGGCAAUAAAAAUAAUAGAUAAAUCCCAACUGGAUGCAGUGAACCUUGAAAAAAUCUACCGAGAAGUACAAAUAAUGAAAUUGUUAGACCACCCUCACAUAAUCAAGCUUUACCAGGUAAUGGAGACCAAAAGUAUGUUGUACCUUGUGACUGAAUAUGCCAAAAAUGGAGAAAUUUUUGAUUAUCUUGCUAAUCAUGGCCGAUUAAAUGAGUCUGAAGCCAGGCGAAAAUUCUGGCAGAUCCUGUCUGCUGUUGAUUAUUGUCAUGGUCGAAAGAUUGUGCACCGUGACCUCAAGGCCGAAAAUCUCCUGCUGGACAACAACAUGAACAUCAAAAUAGCAGAUUUCGGUUUUGGAAAUUUCUUUAAAAGUGGUGAACUGCUGGCAACAUGGUGUGGCAGCCCCCCUUAUGCAGCCCCAGAAGUCUUUGAAGGGCAACAGUAUGAAGGACCACAGCUGGAUAUUUGGAGCAUGGGAGUAGUUCUUUACGUCCUUGUCUGUGGAGCCCUGCCUUUCGAUGGACCCACUCUUCCGAUUCUGAGGCAGAGGGUUUUAGAAGGAAGAUUCCGGAUUCCAUAUUUCAUGUCAGAAGAUUGUGAGCACCUAAUUCGAAGGAUGUUGGUCCUUGACCCAUCCAAGCGACUAACCAUAGCUCAAAUCAAGGAGCAUAAAUGGAUGCUCAUAGAAGUUCCCGUACAAAGACCUGUCCUCUAUCCGCAAGAGCAAGAAAAUGAGCCUUCCAUCGGGGAGUUUAAUGAACAAGUUUUACGACUUAUGCACAGCCUUGGAAUAGAUCAGCAGAAAACCAUUGAGUCUUUGCAGAACAAGAGCUACAACCACUUUGCUGCCAUUUAUUUCUUGUUGGUGGAGCGCCUGAAGUCGCACAGGAGCAGUUUUCCUGUGGAGCAGAGACUUGAUGGCCGCCAGCGUCGGCCUAGCACCAUUGCUGAACAAACAGUUGCCAAGGCACAAACUGUGGGUAUCCCGGUGACCGUGCAUUCACCGAACAUGAGGCUGAUGCGAUCUACCCUGCUACCACAGGCAGCCAACGUGGAGGCAUACUCAUUUCCUGCAUCCAGCUGCCAGGCGGAAGCCGCGUUUAUGGAAGAGGAGUGUGUCGACACUCCAAAGGUGAAUGGCUGUCUGCUCGACCCCGUGCCUCCUGUCCUGGUGCGGAAGGGCUGCCAAUCAUUGCCCAGUAACGUGAUGGAGACCUCCAUUGACGAAGGGCUGGAGACGGAAGGCGAGGCGGAGGAAGACCCCAGUCAUGCCUUUGAAGCAUUUCAGUCCACACGCAGCGGGCAGAGACGGCACACACUGUCCGAAGUGACCAAUCAGCUCGUGGUGCUGCCUGGGACAGGGAAGAUCUUCUCCCUGAGUGACAACCCCUCCCUGGACAGCGUGGACUCGGAGUAUGACAUGGGGUCAGUUCAGAGGGAUCUGAACUUUCUGGAGGACAACCCUUCCCUGAAGGACGUCAUGUUAGCCAAUCAGCCCUCACCCCGCAUGCCAGCUCCCUUCAUAAGCCUGCGGCCCACCAAUCCAGCCAUGCAGGCCCUCAGCGCCCAGAAGCGAGAGGCCCACAACAGGUCGCCAGUGAGCUUCAGGGAAGGCCGCCGGGCGUCGGACACCUCCCUCACCCAAGGAAUUGUAGCAUUUAGACAACAUCUCCAGAAUUUGGCUAGAACCAAAGGAAUUCUAGAGCUGAACAAAGUGCAGUUGCUGUAUGAACACAUGGGACCAGAGGCAGACCCGAGCUUGGCGUCGGCUGCCCCCCAGCUGCAGGACCUUGCCAGCAGCUGUCCUCAGGAGGAGGGUCCUCAGCAGCAGGACAGCGCGCCCCCUCUCCCUCCUAGUGUGCACCAGCUUCCCCAGCGGCAGAGCCUGGAGACCCCGUACCUGCCACACAGGCUCCAGAAGCCCAGCCUCCUGUCCAAGGCUCAGAACACCUGUCCGCUUUAUUGUAAAGAACCGCCACGGAGCCUGGAGCAGCAGCUGCAGGAACACAGGCUCCAGCAGAAACGGCUCUUCCUCCAGAAACAGUCUCAGCUGCAGGCGUACUUUAACCAGAUGCAGAUAGCAGAGAGCUCCUACCCACCGCCAAGCCAGCAGCUGCCCCUGCCCCGCCAGGAGCCUCCACCACCAUCCCAGCAGCCCCCGCCCUUCAGCCUGACCCAGCCCCUGAGCUCUGUCUUGGAGCCUUCUUCUGAGCAAAUGCAAUACAGCCCUUUUCUCAGCCAGUACCAGGAGAUGCAGCUGCAGCCCCUGUCCUCCACGCCACAGCCACCACCUCCCCCGCCGCCGCCCCCGCCACAACAGCCAGGAGCUGCUGCAGCGCCCUUACAGUUCUCCUAUCAGACUUGCGAGCUACCCAGUGCCACUGCUCCUGUCCCAGACUACCCCGCUGCCUGUCAGUAUCCCAUGGACGGGGCUCAGCAGAGCAGCCUCCCGGGGCCAGAUCGUCCCAGGAGCUCCGGACUGCCAGAGAACCCAUCCAGCUACGACUCCCUCGCCCUGUCUGAGUUACCGGGACUCUUUGAUUGUGAAAUGCUGGACGCUGUGGAUCCACAACACAAUGGGUAUGUCCUGGUGAAUUAAUCUCAGCCCAGGAAGUGAGGUGGGUCCAGUGAAGGAAGACUGUGUCUUUCAGUUUUUAUUCCAGCCUUUUAAAUGUAAAGCUCAUUUUUUUUUGCCCUCUCCCUAAUGGGGGAAAAUUCAAGUCACCCAGCCGGAAGCCGAGGGCCUGGCUGGGGUGGGGGUUGCUUCCUCCUGGUUCUGUCCUGCCACUGAGCUUUCUGUGGCAGGUGCUGGAACCUAGAUGUAGUUCUGAAGCUCAUGUCCUUGGGUUAGUGGAGCGAGUUCCCAAGAGAGGAGGCACCAACACAUGUUUUUUAUGAGAUGACGACAUUCAGACCCAGGUUUCAUGCAGAAUUGAUACCAGUUCACUUUCAAAGGGAAACCUUGGUCAAAACAAGAAAAAAAUAUAUGUAUCAUUGCUUAUAUAAAUAGGGCAAACAAAAGGCAAUAUAUUUUCACUGAAGCCAUGCAAUAACAUAUAGCUUCAAGGCCGAUCAAGAAUACAUAAUGGAAUCUGAUAUGCAGGAAAUAAAGGAAAGCUACAUUUUGUCAACUUGAGUUCCUAACUGCUGACGCAAGUUGUCCCUGAGGCCAUCCCACAGCAGUGGAGCAUCAGCUGUGCUCUGGGGGCCCCUGACAGCUGACACCAACCCUUCACACCGGCACUUGUUUCCUUUGGGAAGCAAGUGACACACCUCUUCAGAAGAGGCCAGUGGUGACCAAGUGUCAGAGUAUACCGAGGACUAAAAGACGUCAGGAGACCCAGCAGUGGGGGUCGGGGACAACUCAAGCCAGCCUGGAGGGUCCCCGCCCUGAGCCCUGGCAGACAGGCUGUUGCUGUACAGUCCCUUGUGGAGGUGUCUGGUGUGGGGCAGUUGGUCUCCAUAGGACCCCUGGUCUCUCCAGUGUAAUAACUCCUUUGACUUCACACCUUCUGUUGCUAGUUUUCCAAGCUUUGUAUAUUUGGACAGUUUCAUAUAGGGCGUAGGAACCUUAACGACACAGAAAAUGACCUUUGAUGUCCCAUGUGAAGUGGUAGUGCUGUGCCUUUCUCCUCAAGAUCAGACUUUUUUUUGUCCCCCUGUGGAAACCCAACUUUUCAUUUAUAUCAAGGCUAAAUCCAAAGUCACUUCAGAGUUUGUUUUCCACCAUGUGGGAAUCAGCAUUAAUUUCCUUAAAAUCUUGACUUGUAAUAAAAUGUUCAAGUAUUACAGCAAUA